CGCAUCUUGGUGAUCUUGGAACGUAGUGGUAAUUAUAUUUUCUGUCAAUUCCUAAUUGUCAGAUAGAUUGUCGAUUGUCCAUAUCUGUCAAGAAAUGUUUUUGUGUUAGAGAAAUUCCCCUAUUGGAUGUUUUUUUGUUGUUUUAUUGUUUGUUUGAAAUAUAAUUUAAUUAAUAAUACUGCAUAAUUAAAACUUCAGAGUCGAUAAUGAUAAUAAAGAAUGAAUAAUUAUGAUGAUAUUUGUUGGUAUCACCCUAAAAUAAGUAGGGAAGAAGGUGAAAACCUACUGUUGAAUGACUCCAGACAAUGUAAUGGACUCUUCUUAGUUCGAGGCAGUAUAUCUUCUCCUUGUGAUUAUGCCCUCUCAGUUUUAUACAAUGAGCAAGUAAAUAAUUAUCAGAUAAGGAAGCACCAAGAAGAUGCCUUCUUUUCCAUAGAUGAAUGUGUAAAAAUACAUGGUCUAGAAAAUCUUAUAAACUACUACAAAACAAAUCCUUUAUCCGAUGACGGCCUGGUUUUAACUGAGUAUAUUAAAGGGAGUUUACCGCCACACGACUCUCGUAGGCAGGGUCACACUAAUUUAUUACAUAGGGCUACAGAUCAGGGCGAUUAUACUGUAGUUACUGCUCUAUUAAAAAACGGUUAUCAUGGAUUUCUUGCCAAAAACCAAAACGGAGAAACUGCUGCCCACUUAGCUGCUAAAAAGGGACAAAAUGAUAUUUUAAGGCAUUUUAUUCAACGUGAAUUUAAUGUCAAUCUUCGUGAUGCUGCUGGCUUUACGCCUUUGCAUUAUGCCUGUGAAUAUAAUUUUCCUGCAACAGUGAGAUUGCUAAUUGAAUCGGGAAAUGCAAAUAUUCAAGCUAGGAAUACAAAUAGUGGUGAGGUGCCAUUGCAUGUGGCAGCUAGCAAAGGCCACAAAGAAGUGAUAAAGGAAUUACUAAGUUUAAAUGCCCCUGUACAUCCCAGAACCAAGGAUGGAAAUUUACCAAUUGAUCUUGCUAGAAAACACGACCAUGAAGAGUGUGUUAUUUUAUUAGAAAAUUAUAAGUCUCCAGAGCCUAAAGUUAGUAGAGGCGAGUUUUAUCACGGAACGUUAGGUAGACAUGAAGCUGAAGCUAUAAUAAGAAAAAGUAACCCACAAAGUGGCACUUUCUUGGUGAGAUUUAGUGAUAGAAAUAAUGAAGACGUGUUGACAUUAUUCCAUGAAGAAAAAGUAUGGAAUUAUAUAAUAAGAAGAAAGGAUCAAUAUCUGUUUAUUGAUGAUGGUCCAUUUUUGAAUUCGUUGGAGCAUGUUGUUGACUACUACAAGUCAUUGCCUGAUGGUUUACCAACAAUAUUAAUAACUCCAGUUCCACCAUCUCCUAAACCACAUGUACCACCUCUUUCUACAUUGAAAAGGAAAAACCAAACUUUAACAAAACCAAAAUUGCAAUUGCCAUCCGCUAUCAAUAGUACAGAUAUCUCCACAUCUAGUCCUGAUAUUUUCCAAAAUAUCAGUUUUAAGAGCGACUUGAGCUUAGCAAAUAACAAUAACAAUAAUAAUAACACUAAAGAAAAAGAAAAAUACUACAUCUGCAUUAGUAGAUUGUCGAGGGGAAACUUGAUUGGGGAAGGCGAGUUUGCUUCAGUUUUUGAAGGAACCUUACUGAACACGGAUAAUUCAAACACAAAAGUUGCCAUAAAAACUCUGAGACAAGAACAGUUGGAUAAUGAGGAGGCAUUUUUGUCAGAGGCUAGGGUGAUGAUUAAUUUGAAUCACCAUUGUAUCGUCAAAUUGUUGGGGAUUUGUAUUGGACCACCAUUACAAAUGAUACAGGAACUAGUGCCUUUAGGAUCGAUUUUACAGUAUAUCGAUACUCACAGUACUGAAAUCAAUCCAAAUUAUGAAUUUAAGAUUUGGGCUGCUCAAAUUGCUUGCGGUAUGCAAUAUUUAGAAGAGAAUAGGUUUGUCCAUCGAGAUUUGGCGGCAAGAAAUAUUUUGCUUGCUUCGAAACUUCAGGCGAAAAUAAGCGACUUUGGAUUAUCCAGAGCCCUUGGAACCGGCCACGAAUACUACAGAGCUCUUAGAGGUGGGAAAUGGCCUUUGAAAUGGUACGCUCCAGAAUCGUAUAAUUACGGUCAAUUUUCAAAUAAAAGCGACGUAUGGAGCUUCGGAGUGACGAUUUGGGAGAUGUACUCUUUCGGUGCUGCACCUUACGGUGACAAAAAAGGGGCAGAGGCAAUAAAAUUAAUUGAUAAUGGACAAAGGUUAGAGCAACCCGCUGCAUGUCCAGACAAUAUUUUUGAGAUGAUGCUGAAAUGUUGGGCGAUGAACUCAGACGAUAGGCCUAGUUUUAGUGAAUUAGUUGAAUUUUUCAAUUCUGGUUCUGAGUAUACGAAUAUUAAGGAAUUGUUACCAGAAACUGAACUUGCGUAAACGAUGCGCAAUAUUAAUAAAGUGGUACACAAUAAAAUAUACAUAAUUAAGAGGUUUAUUAUAAAUACAAUUUAAUAUAUACGCAUAUUUUUUUAUUUUA